CGCCCGUCGACGGACCAGGCGUUCUUAAGUCGCAGGCGGCUCCCACAGCGCCGGAGAGGGACUCUGAAUAUGUCUGGCAUAGCUCUUAGCAGACUUGCACAGGAGAGAAAAGCCUGGAGAAAAGAUCAUCCAUUUGGAUUUGUAGCAGUACCUACAAAAAAUCCAGAUGGCACAAUGAAUCUAAUGAACUGGGAGUGUGCUAUUCCAGGAAAGAAAGGGACACCAUGGGAAGGAGGCUUAUUUAAACUACGGAUGCUUUUCAAGGAUGACUACCCUUCUUCACCCCCAAAAUGUAAAUUUGAACCACCGUUAUUCCAUCCAAACGUGUAUCCUUCAGGCACUGUGUGUCUCUCCAUCUUAGAGGAGGAUAAGGACUGGCGGCCAGCAAUCACAAUUAAACAGAUCUUGUUAGGCAUACAAGAACUUCUAAAUGAACCAAAUAUUCAAGACCCAGCUCAAGCAGAGGCUUACACAAUUUACUGCCAAAACAGAGUGGAAUACGAAAAGAGGGUUCGAGCACAAGCCAAGAAGUUUGCACCAUCAUAAGCAUUUGUCAUGCAGCAUCUUAAAAAGGAAGGGAUUGGUUUGGCAAGAACUUGUUUACAAAACUUUUGCAAAAUGUAAUGUUGCUAUGUUCAAUUAAUAUCCACAUAAGGGGAGGGGGUUGUAUGUGUGCCAUUUUCCAUAUUCGCCAGUUGUAUACAGUUCUAAAUUUGCUGAAUUGCCCCCAGUUUUUUCAUACAGGGUCUCUUCCUUCAGUCUUUUGUAUUUUUGAUUGUUAUGUAAAACUUGCUUUUAUUUUAAUAUUGAUGUCAGUAUUUCAACUGCUGUAAAAUUAUAAACUUUUAUACUUCUAUAAAUUCACUAGUAUCUCUAGUUACUUUGCUAUCUGAUGCAGGCAUGCUUUAAAAUGUUAGAACUAUAUUUAGCCUCUAGCUGGCUGUAUGAAAAAAAAUCAUGCCCUCCACCCCCUUCCCUCCCUGAAUUUGUUUUUUUCUAUCUUUCAGAAACUAGGUUGUUAUUGCUUAAGAAAGCCUCUGAGAUCCAAAGUUAGCCAGCAUCCUUAUUCUGCAUCACUUUCUUUGUGUUUAUAUGGCAUUCUGUCUGUGUUGCUGUUUAGAGUAAAUAAACUGUUUAUAUAAA